UCCCAGUGGUCAACCUGCCAAGCAGCAUCAAGCACAUUUGGACUCUGUAUUUAUGCUGCUGGAGGACAACAUCAUGACUUUUGUGAAGAAUGAGCUGAAGAAGAUCCAGAAGACUCUGAGUUCAGAUUACGCAGAAUGCUUAGGGAGCCAGAAAGAGGAUGAGGGGGUCUUAGAGGAUGAAGAUAAAGAGGAGACCAGGAACAACAGACAAGCAUUUGUGAAAAUAAUACUGCACUUCCUGAGGAAACUGAAGCAGGAGGAACUGGCUGACUGUCUGGAGAGCAAAAUAUUUGAUCCCGAUUUUCGACAUGAACUCAAAUCUUUGCUGAAGAAGAAGUUCCAGUGUGUGUUUGAGGGGAUUGCUAAAGCAGGAAAGCCAACCCUUCUAAAUCAGAUCUACACAGAGCUCCACAUCACAGAGGGAGGGAGUGCAGAAGUCAAUGAUGAACAUGAGGUCAGACAGAUUGAAACAGCAUCCAGGAAACAAUACAGACCAGAAACAAGAAUCAGACCAGAAGAAUUAACAAUCAGUCCAGAAGACAUCUUUAAAGCCUUACCUGGAAUAGAUAAACCAAUCAGAACAGUGCUGACAAAAGGAGUGGCUGGCAUUGGGAAAACAGUCUUGACACAGAAAUUCUGUCUGGACUGGGCUGAAGGCAAAGCCAACCAGGAUAUCCAGUUCAUAUUUCCAUUCACUUUCAGAGAGCUGAAUGUGCUGAAAGAGGAAAAGUUCAGCUUGGUGGAACUUGUUCAUCACUUCUUUACUAAAACUAAAGAAUCAGGAAUCUGCAGGCUGGAAGACUUCCAGGUUGUGUUCAUUCUUGAUGGUCUGGAUGAGUGCCAACUUAGUUUGGACUUCAACAAAUCUGAAAUCUUAACUGACCCUAGAAAGUCCGACUCAGUGGACGUGCUAUUGAUAAACCUCAUCAGGGGGAAUCUUAUUCCCUCUGCUCGCCUCUGGAUAACCACACGACCUGCCGCAACCAAUCAGAUCCCUCUCUGUUGUUUUGACGUGGUGACAGAGAUCAGGGGGUUUAAUGACCCACAGAAAGAGGAGUACUUUAGGAAGAGAUUCAGAGAUGAACAGAAGGCCAGCAGGAUAUUCUCCCAUAUCAAGACAUCACGAAGCCUCUACAUCAUGUGCCACAUCCCAGUCUUUUGCUGGAUCACUGCUACAGUUCUGGAGAAUGUGCUGAAAACCAAAGAGAAAGGACCCCUGCCCAAGACCCUGACUGAGAUGUACAUUCACUUCCUGGUAGUUCAGGCCAAAGUCAAGAGGAUCAAAUAUGAUGGAGGAACUGAGACAGAUCCACACUGGAGUCCAGAGAGCAGGAAGAUGGUUGAGUCUCUGGGAAAACUGGCUUUUGAUCAGCUGCAGAAAGGAAACCUGAUCUUCUAUGAAUCAGAACUGACAGAGUGUGGCAUCGAUAUCAGAGUAGCCUCAGUGUACUCUGGAGUGUUCACACAGAUCUUUAAAGAGGAGAGAGGACUGUACCAGGACAAGGUGUUCUGCUUUGUUCAUCUGAGUGUUCAGGAGUUUCUGGCUGCUCUUCAUGUCCAUCUGACCUUCAUCAACUCCGGAGUCAAUCUGCUAAAAGAACAAGACAUAGCUUAUCAGAACUCAACAAGAGAAUCUGCAGAGACUCAUUUGUACAAGUGUGCUGUGAACGUGGCUUUAAAAAGUCCAAAUGGUCACCUGGACUUGUUCCUCCGCUUCCUUCUGGGUCUUUCAGUGCAGACCAAUCAGACUCUCCUACAAGGCCUGGCGCAGACAGGAAAUAGGUCACAGACUAUCCAGAAAACAGUCCAAUAUAUCAAGAACAAGCUCAGUGAUAAUCUGUCAGCAGAGAAAAAUAUCAACUUGUUCCACUGUUUGAAUGAACUGAACGAUCAUUCUCUAGUGGAGGAGAUCCAACAGUUCCUGAGUUCAGGAAGUCUCUCCACAGAUGAACUGUCUCCUGCUCAGUGGUCAGCUCUGGUCUUCAUCUUACUGUCAUCAGAAAAAGAUCUGGAUGUGUUUGACCUGAAGAAAUACUCUGCUUCAGAGGAGGCUCUUCUGAGGUUCCUGCCAGUAGUUAAAACUUCCAGUAAAGCUCUGUUGAGCAGCUGUAACCUCUCAGUGAAAAGCUGUGAAGCUCUCACCUCAGUUCACAGUUUUCAGUCCUCAAAUUUGACAGAGCUGGACCUGAGUAACAAUGACCUGAGAGAUUCAGGGGUGAAAAAAUUGUCUUCUGGACUGACAAUUUUACACCUACAACUAAAAACGCUCAGGCUGUCUGGCUGUCUGAUCACACAAGAAGGUUGUUCUUCUCUGGCAUCAAGUCUGCACUCUAGGGGCUCCCAUCUGAGAGAGCUGGACAUGAGCUACAAUCAUCCAGGGAGAGCAGGCGUGACUCUACUGAAGAAUCUGAAACUUGAAACUCUUAGGGUGGAGCCUGCUGGAGAACAUUGGUUGAGACCAGGUCUGAGGAAGUAUUCCUGUCAACUCACAAUCGACACAAACACUGUAAAUAGAAAUCUCAAACUGUCUGACAAAGACAGGAAGGUGACACGUGUGGAGGAAUUUCAGUCAUAUCCUGAUCAUCCAGACAGAUUUAAUGAUGGGUAUCCUCAGCUGUUGUGUAAAAAUGAUCUGAUUGGUCGUUGUUACUGGGAGGUUGAAUGGAGAGAACUGGCUGAGAUAUCAGUGAGUUACAGAAAAAUUGUAAGGAAAGGAGACAGUAAUGACUGUUUGUUUGGAAGGAAUGAUCAUUCAUGGAGUCUGUACUGCUCUCAUGACUAUGGAUUUGAUGUUUAUCACAAUAAGAAAAAAACAUGCAUCUCCUCCUAUUCCUCCUCUUCCUCUGUCUCUAACAGAGUAGCAGUGUAUGUGGACUGUCCUGCUGGCACUCUGUCCUUCUACAGAGUCUCCUCUGACACUCUGAUCCACCUCCACACCUUCAACACCACAUUCACUGAACCUCUUUAUGCUGGAUUUGGGUUAUGGUUUGGUCAGUCUGGUGCUUCAGUGACUCUGUGCUGAGUUGAGUGUAAAGAGUUUCCUCCUGUUAGAGAAACACUCUGACUGUUGAAGAGAUAGUUCAGUCUGUACAUGUCUGUCUCUUUCACUCAGAAACACAUUUUCAGAUUUGUGCAUUCAAUCAGUUAUUGUUUAAACUGUACUAAAUGAUUCCUUUUAAAGUUCCUCUUCAGUCCUUCAAAGAUGGAAGCUACGAUUAUUCCAGGAUCCACGUGUUGUUUUUCUUUUUCCACUCAAAGCUGCACAGUGAAUAUCAGUAUGCUGUUUUUCUUUUAAGCUCAGGUCAGCUGAGAUGAUUCAGUUCAUUUUAGUU